AUGCCUUCUCAUACAAAAGGAAAAAAUUCAGAGAGCGUUCAGAUGGAAAGAAUUAGAGAAUUCUGCAAGCCAAUGAUAUUGUCGGACGAUAUGUUGCGUCGUGUGUCGCAUGAGAUGCAUAGGAAAAUGGAAAAAGGACUUAGCGAUCACUCUGGCUCAAAGUCGUGCCUUAAAAUGUUGCCAUCAUUUGUACGAGCUGUGCCAAAUGGCACCGAAAAAGGCGAUUAUCUGGCACUGGAUUUAGGUGGAACAAAUUUCCGGGUUCUACUGGUCCGGUUAAAUGGUACGGAGGCAGAAAUGUCGGGCAAAAUUUACCGCGUGCCAGACCAUAUCAUGAAGGGAACCGGAACUGCUCUCUUUGACCAUAUCGCCUCGUGCCUUGCAAAUUUCAUGGAAGAAAAUGGAUUAAAAGGCGCUGAUAAACUACCUCUUGGUUUCACAUUUUCAUUUGCAGUAGCACAAGAGGGUUUAGCAAGUGGAAGACUUGUUCACUGGUCCAAGGGCUUCAGCGCAAGUGGGGUGGAAGGCCAUGAUGUGGUCGAAUUUCUACGAAGCGCAUGCGCACGUCGCAAAGACAUUGACGUGGAUGUGGCAGCGCUACUGAAUGAUACCGUUGGUACUUUGAUGGCGUGCGCAUUCAAGGAGAAUACCUGCCAGAUUGGGGUCAUCCUAGGGACUGGCACCAAUGCAUGCUACAUGGAAAAGUUAUCGAACUGCCCGAAAUUCAAGAAAUAUAAAUUUGAUGAAGAUAGAUACCCAAAAGAGAUGAUAGUAAACAUGGAAUGGGGUGCAUUCGGUGAUGAUGGCUGUUUGGACUUCGUUCGAACAAUUUACGAUUCGCAAGUGGAUGAACGAACUAUAAACCCCGGAUACCACAUAUUUGAGAAAAUGAUUUCUGGGAUGUACAUGGGUGAAAUAGUACGCUACAUGCUCUCGCAUAUGGCCAAAGAGAAGUUGCUGUUUGAAGGAGAUUAUGAUGCAAUAUCGCAACCACAUUGCUUCCCCACCAAGUACGUUUCGGAAAUUGAAGCAGAGCAAGGCAAGGAUAUGCCCUAUCAGAAGACCAUGCAGAUUUUGGAAGAUAUAGGCGUGGAGCGAGUAACUAUCAGCGACUGUGCUAUGGUAGCCUAUGUCUGUUCAGUUGUUAGUACAAGGUGUGCUUUUUUUCACAUUUUCACAAAAAAUUUUAGAAACUGA